GUGACGUAUAGGGAAGUGCUGUCACGGCCUCACUCGCUAGCUAGGACAAAACAGGCGCACGGUGGUGACCCGAGCGGAGGCGUUCCUCAAGAAUCAAAAUGGAUCGAGUGAAGUCUACAGUCGACAACAUGAUCAAAAGCGUCCAGUACCGCAGGUUCACCUUGCAGCUCAACGAGGAGGCCAACCGGCACGUGGAGAUGAAGCUUUCCGACGACGACGACGGCGGCGAGCAGGCGGAGGCCGGGCAGGGGGAGGGCUCUCCCAGCUUCCGACCGGCACCUCAGGGUGGCGGCGGCAAGCGCAUCUUCUGCCUGCUGGUGCUAGGCUUCAUGGUCGUCUUCGUAGUUGGCUACUUAGUUGGUACCCUCACCUCGAAGAAGCCCGGCGUGGUGCCCGUCAGCUGCUUGAAUCAGUCAACGGUGUCGGGGGGUGCGCCGGCGCAAGAGAAACAGAAAGUGGACCAGGGAGAGGACGGUGACGACGAAGACGAGAUGGCGCACGACGAAGCCCCGCGCAACUGGAAUGACAUCAGCCAGCUCCUCGACGACAAACUCACCGGCGGGGCUUUCGACGCGCGUCUCAAGGCGUUCGACGUGCCGACACGCUCAGCGGGCAGCGAGGGUGACGUCAAACUGGCCAACGUGAUCGCCGACGAGUUCAAGACGCUCGGCAUGGAGGGCUGGACCGAUGUCCACUAUGUCCAGCUGCAGAAGCCCGACAGCAAACGUCCCAACGUCGUCACUUUCGGCGGCGACGUCUUCAAGCCCGACGGUUAUCUCGCAUACAGCGCCACCGGGAAAGUUGAGGGGAAGCUGGUGUACGGCACUUACGGCCGUCGCGAGGAUUUAGACGCCGUCCAGAAGAACAACGUGGAGGUGAACAGCAGUGUGUUGCUGUUGAGAGCGGGAAACCUCAGCUUUGCCCAACAGGUGGCCAAUGCCGAGGCCCGGGGAGCCUCGGCAGUGCUCAUCUACCUCGACCCAGCAGAUUACGACUUGAGGGCCGACACGGCGCUUUACGGCCACGUUCAUCUGGGCUCGGGCGACCCGUACACCCCAGGGUUCCCCUCUUUCAACCACACCCAGUUCCCGCCGACCCGCUCGUCCGCCCUCCCCGGCAUCCUGGCUCAAACUGUCACGUUCAACAUGGCUAGAACCCUUCUGGAGAGGAUCGGCGGCCCGACUAAGAUGGGAGGUGUGGAAGACGUCACCGUGGAGGUCAACAACGUGCUGGUCAACACGGAGAUCCACAAUGUGUUCGGAGUAAUCGAAGGAUUCGUCGAUCCCGACGAGUACGUGGUCCUGGGAGCGCAGAGGGACGCGUGGGGUAAAGGCUACGCCCGAGCUGCUGUCGGUUGCUCGGUUCUGAUGGAGCUGGCCAAGGCUUUUAAAGACUUGGUGGAGAAAGAUGGUGUUCGGCCCAGGAGAAGCUUGGUGUUUGCGAGCUGGAGUGCCGGAGAAUACGGAAGUGUUGGAGCUACGGAAUAUCUGGAGGGUUAUCUGUCUUCCAUCGACAGAAAGCUUGUCUCCUACAUAAGCCUGGAUGGGGUGGUCAUGGGUCGCGGUGGCUUUGUCGCUUCGGCAAGCCCGCUGCUUUACAGCCUGCUGGAGAGCACGAUGAAGCAGGUGAAGAGUCCGCUCGGUGACGGCACCGUGUACGAUAUGGCGGGAAACAGUCAAUGGGAGGCCAACGUACUGAGGCCCAUGUCCAUCGACGACCCCGCGUAUCCCUUCUUGGCCGUUGCCGGUGUUCCCUCCAUCUCCUUCCACUUCAUCUCUCCCAAUCUGGAGGCCUACCCUUACUACGGCACCUGCAUGGACAGCAAGGACCACCUCAACUACAAAACGAUCCACAAGACGGGCGAGACAGCGGCGCAGGCGGCGCAGUUGGCUGGCCGCUUGGCCCUCCGCCUGGUGCACAACCACCUGCUCGGUCUGGACGUGAGCAAGUACCGCAAUGUCCUCGCCAAAGCCAUCUACCAGCUCUACAAGCACGUCCAACAGCUCGUCCAAAGCGGGAAGCUGAAAGACGUGGACCCCAACUGGCUGAGCAGCGCGUCCGGCUCAUUUUCGCGAGCGAUGGCCAACCUGAACACGGUCAUCAUGAACACCGACUUGACCGACGAGCGCAGCUGUCGCCGUGUCAACGAGAAGCUCAUGAGCGUGGAGCGCAAUCUCCUGUCGCCGUACGUGUCCCCCGUGGACACCCCCUUCCGCCACCUCCUGCUGGGCCGAGGCAAGCACACGUUGGCGGCCCUCGCCGAGACCGCCGACCCCCAGCAGCUCCACACCCAGCUGGCCUUGGCCACCUGGAACAUCAAGAUGUGCGCCAACGCCCUGGUCAGCGACAUCUGGAAAAACGACAAUCAAGUCUAGUGUGUGCGUGUCGGCAAGUGUGAGUGUAAACGGCAGGAAAUUUCCAGGACAAAAAAAAAAAAAAAAAAAAAUCACUUAAAGGCUGUCAAUCACAGCUCUUAGUCCCGCCCUUUUAAAGGAACAAGUUGUAUUUGACACUCCAAAUCAAAAGGGGGCAGCACCGCUAUUUUUUUCGGGAAUGAAGGAAAUGCAGUUUGGGUUAUUUUAAGUGUACCUAUUGCGGUUUGCUUUUUUCUUGGGGGGGGGGGUUGGGGGCUCUAGAUCUCCAUCCACCUUUAAUGCUACUGACACACACACACACACACCCCCCUCGUCAUCCAAACACUGAGGACCUUAUUUAUACUUUUGUAUGACAUUAUCGGAAGCAGUGCCUUCCAUAAUUAUGACGGUUAUACUGUCUCAUCCGACAGCAGCAUCUGCUACGUGAACAACUCGAAACUCAACUGUUGCUGCUGACACAACAACAGCGCCAAAAAAGACAAUAAAUCUUGAAAAAGACUAUAAAUGAAGUAAAGCUGAUCAAAUUUGCAACAAGAGCCACAAAUUUAAACAAGAAAAACUUUAAAAGAAAAAAGGGUGUAAACUAAGUGAAGCGGUUCACUCAAAAAACAAAAAGGACCCUAAUUUAAAGUGGACGAAAGUCUCAAAUUAGAAAAUGAAGACCAUAAAUGUAGUCAAUGGGGGGGAAAAAAAAGCCAUACAUAGAGCAGUCAAUUCUCAAAAAAGGACUACUAAUUAAAUAGUCAAAACAAAAAAAGGCAUUAAGUAGACAAAACUUAAAGGACCAUAAAUUAAAGUAGACAAAAAAGGACCAUACAUUAUGUAGCUGAACACAAACAAGGCCAAUAAAUCGAUUAAAGCAGAAAAAGGUCUCUUUUAAGAAGUACAAACAAUUCAAUAAAGCAGCCGAAAGUGCUCAUUCAGGGCGAAUGGCGAGCAAAUUUUGGCCGUUCAUGUCUACUUUUGGAGCAGUUGGUGCGAGUUAUCGGGGGCAGUGACUCCCAUAAUAAUGAAACCCAUUAUCGGGGGCAGUGUCUCCCAUAAUGACAACAAGUGAUGGUAGUUUUUAACCUACCAGUGCAUGCGUUUUGUCUUUUUUUUUUUUUUUUUUUACGUGUGUAUUUAUCGGGAGCAGUGUCUCUCAUAUUUCACUCCAAGGGUGGAACAACUUGUCGGGGACAGUGUUUCCCAGAGUUUUAUAAUGUAUUUAUUAUGAUUUGCUUUGUGGUAGCUCUGUAGGGCCUGUUGCCUUUCUCAAAUACAUUUUCUCCUCUGUCGCCAGGUAUAAGUGUCUUACGAUCUUUCACGCUUGCAGCAAAAAUAGAAAUGUUGUUUAAAUUCAUCUUUCCUCCGCAGUUAGCUCUUGGACCAGAUUAAUUCAGUGUUCCAGUAAGUUUUCCAUCAAUUUCAUUUCUGUUGGGUUGUCAGUAGUUUAAAAAAUAAAUGAUGAUAAAGUAAAAACUGUCAUUUUAUUCAUGCUUGUGGUUGGCAAAAUCAGAGAAACUGAUUAUUAUUCAGUGGUUUGUUUUCCAGAGCUAUUCAUGUGGUUUAUCAUAAAUGAGCAAGUUGUCUCAUCAGGCCAUUGUUUGUUUCACUUGAGAUAAACAAGUUAAACUAUUUUUUGUUUGAUUUGGGGAUUUUCUGGCACUGUCUUGAGAAAAACUGUUUCCAUGUUUGGCCAAUGUUGAAGAAAUUAAAAUAAAACCCUGAGCUUUGCA